GAAUUACAAAAACUUUUCGGAAACCUAAUAGGCUAAUGCUCUCCCUCUCCCGCUGCUCUCCCUCCCUCGCUCACCCUCUCUCUCACGCGAGUUCUCCGGCCACCGGCGCAGCACGGUCUCUCUCGCUCCUGUCUCUCUCACUCCGGCCACGCAAGGUGCCACGUAGGAGAGAAGUUGGGUCAUUGUUGUUCCUUUAUCAUUAUUCUUUCCUAUAACCCAGAACUAAAGCAGAGAGUAACACACGACUGAAACUUCCAAACUCCAGAGAAAGGAAAAUCCAAGACAUCAGGUCUUUUUUAUUUUCAGUUCUCACUGUCCACCCCCGCCCCCCACACCGUCAAACUCAGUUCUUUGCGCAGUCGGCUUUGAACCUACACAAGAAAGAAUGUACAAGAAGAAGAAAGUUGAAACUACACAAGAAAGAUUGUAUGAGAAGAAGAAAGUUGAGCCUACACAAGAAAGAAUGUACAUGAAGAAGAAAGAAGCCGACAGAGAAGGACCCUCGACGGACCCUACGGAUGACAAGGAUGAGGAAAUGGACUUCAAGAAGAUCAUGAAGGACAUUGAGCAUUUCAGCUCCUCGCAUAUGACUUGGAAAGAGAGAAAAGAAUAUGAGAACAGGAAGGUGGUUGAUCUAGGUGGGAAGCCUCCUAAGAAGCAGAGACUAACCCUAAGUGUAGCACGGCCAAUGAUGAAGAAACGGAAGGAAAGAGAGGAGAAAAUGCUACAAGAGCGUUUGAUUCUUGGACAAUUUGGAGGCAAGCGUGGUGGUAAUGCUAAAAGAUCAGUGGGGAGGCGCAAGCCUGAGGACAGGAUUUUGAGAGCAUCUGAAGGUCAUUUUAGAAAUGGUGUACUUGAUGUAAAGCAUUUGCUACAUCCAACUCCAUCUAGAGAGAGGGAUUCUGGUACCCAUGUGGUCACUUAUAAAGGGAAAAAGAAGGGAGGUGGAAAGAAGAAUGGAGGUAAGAAGAAGGGUGGUGGCGGGAAGCGCCACUAAGUGCAAGCAAGAUGAGAAACCUUAACAAUAGAAACAGAUAGAAUCAUUAGUUGAUACCUCAGAUAUUUAUAUCUUGGGGCUCAAUCUAUGUCGUUAAUAGCUUUGGUCACUUUUUGUCAUUGCCAACAGAGAAUUAGCUUGAGCCUUGUUAUUUUAUAUUUUUGGUUUGAAUUUGUGGAUUUUCAGUUUUCAAACAAGUUGUAUAUCAUAACAUCGAUGCAUGAGGAACCUUUUAAUUUAAUUCAGCCCCUAUUUGGUUUGAA